UCAGAAACUCUCCUAUACAAAAGAAGCAAUGGACGGUGCCUGUAGCGACUGGUCCUGUGGCUCUGGAAUUCCAACACCUGCUCCAGCUGGUGAUACUGCCACAUUCAGAGAUGCAGCUGCGAAUGUUCCACCUCCUCAUGAGAUCUCCAUUGAGAGUCCCUCAGAUAAUACCUUCAACAUGAAUGAAGACUCAGAUGCUAGUAUUAACAAUGAGAUAAAGAAAGAGGAUGAGAAGCUGGUGAAACCUGUGCCUGACCAAAUGGUUGAGUUCAGCAUCCUUGUUUUGGGAGAGAAGUACACGGAGGAAUUGAAUGACCCAUCCACCAUGCAGCAUCAGCUCCUUGCAGAGCAGUUUAUUUCCCAGGUAAAAAAUGCCUUUGAAGAAUUACCUGGAUAUAGUAAUAUCCAUGUGCUAGAAUUCAGGUCUCCUGACGACGACAGUGGCGUGGAGGUUCACUAUUCUGUCACGUUUGUUGGGGAAGCCCUCAGCAAUGCCACCUGGGACCUUAUUAACCUUCAUUCCAACAAAGUGGAGGACAACUCCUUUAUGGAACUUGAGGAUAACCCAACUGUUGUCUACACAGUCAGUGACUUCAGAACUUACAUUGCUGAAAUCCUUCAGAAGAACUCUUUCCUUGAAAAUGUUUCUUUGACCUUGGACCCUGACUCUCUCCAGCUCAUUAAUGUAAAAGAAGUUCUCUCCCCCAUACCUGAAGAUACAUCUAGGAUUACUGAAAAUCCGAUUGUUCUUGUAUCUCCAGAAGUUGAUGAUCAUGGAGAUGAAAAGCCCUAUGAUAAUGCCCUUUUAGCUGAGCGGCCCUCCGCAGACGCAACAACUGCAAGCAAUAUCUUGCCACUUGAUUUCACCAAACCAGGUUUCACUUUGGAUAGAGAACAAGCCAAUGGCAAUGAGUUCUGGUUAAAGUCAGAGAAUCUGGAUUCAGAGAACAACUUUAAUGGAACACCGGAGGCUGUCCUCACUUCUUCCCCUGCUUGGAUGAAUCUAAAGGAAGGGAGCCAGACUCUUCAUUCUGUCACCACACCACAGCUAGACAGGGGCUCUCCUGUGGAUUCUCAGGAAUGGCUGUCUAUCCCUGCUUCUUUAGAAGAUGAUGGAGGAGUGUCAGAAGGCUUUCUUCUGCCUUAUAGUCUACGCCCUCAUAUUGUACCAAAAGAAAUGCCAUCCAUAGCUACUUCUGUGGUUCCUAUGACUUCUAUGACAACAAAAGCCUCUACCUCAGUAUCAGAACCUAAUAAUGGAAAGAUCUCUACAGAGACUGCAGGAGACACCAUGCUCAUUGACAUUGACUCCAAAUUUCACAACAGUCUGGAGGAAGCAGACUUGUAUCUAGAGGUGAACCCUGUGAAGCCUGAUCUAUAUCCAGGAGGAGAAAUUAUAUCUGAAGAUGGAUCUGGCUCAGGAUUUGAUGCUUCAGGACAAGAGGCAUGGCCAUGGGGCAUAGUGACAUUAGAGCCAGUUUUCCAUCCUCUUCCUGAAAGUGGACUGAAUGAUAAAAAUGAGUCUUUGUUGAUCAGAGAACAGGAUAUUCCUGAGGAACAGAUCCUAGAUUAUAUAAUUGAUUCUAUAGAGAAAUUAAAUGAUAAUCCUGAGGAUGGUGAUGUGACCAACACAAGAAGGGAAUUCCCUGAUGACCUUCAGUCACAUGGACCUGGACUUUCAGAAGCCACAACGCAGCAAGUACCUGUGGUGUGGACACAAGAAAACUUGAAUAUGGAACUAUCCAUGCAAACAGCAGAGGCAUCAGGCAUGUAUGGUUAUUCUUCAUCCUUUUCAUAUGAGCCCGCAGUGGACUAUCCUCCUUUAGAUAUGGCAGAGCAGACCUCCACCUCGCCACAUGAAAACGAUCUCUUUUCAGAACGUCAUCUCUUUACAUCUAUAGGGACAUACAGCAUUAAACAAGCUGAGGUGUCCAGCGAGGAUUAUCAAAUCAUAUAUGAAGAAGCAGGAACCCAAAAUGAGGAAGAGGCAAAGCCAGAAGUACUGUCCACAAUAAGCCAAUCAGAUGUAGCUACUACAAUAGGGCACCAAGACAUGGAUUCUUCAUGGACUGGGCUCCUCAAGCCAGAAAUAGCGCUUACAGCGACUCCUACAAUAGACUCAGCAGUCACAGGUAUUUUCAUAGAGGAGCAGCAAACUCCAGAUUUGCAUUUGAUAACUCAAGACAUUGCUGGAUCAAUUGCUGUGAAACCCUUGAACAGUCGGCCAACUCACAACACAGAAAGGGCAUCUGAGAAACCUACUGAUCAAGACCUGCAAUCUGAAGCACCAAAUAUGGUUGAUGUUUCAACCAUAGGUCCUUAUAUCUUGGAGCUGGCCACUGAUCCAGAAGAUUUCACUGGACAGUCUAGUACAGACCAUGACAUUAGUACCCUGGAUAACUUAAAUAUGGCAGUGGAUUCUUUUGCAACAGUGACUAUAACAAAAAGUGCUAUUGGUCCUCUGUCCAGUUCACCUACUCUACAUUAUACAGUAUCUCAGACUACUGUUAGCUCAACAAAAUUGGGGCAGGACACGACAACAGAAGUACAGGAUACUUCAGUGGAGCUGGAUCACACAGGCACAAUGUUGUAUCCUCCUGAAAUGAACCUGGAAGAAAGAAGUAUGACAGAGAGUCGCAUGGAGCUAUCGACUAAUGCCCACUCCACAGAGAUGGCCAGCAUAGCUUGGCCAACGCACGCAAAUCGCAAUACUACCGUGUCCUCACGAGCUUUAGUGGUAUUCUUUAGUCUCCGUGUUACCAACAUGCUGUUCUCAGAGGACCUAUUCAAUAAAAAUUCCCCUGAAUAUAAGGCACUGGAGCAACGAUUCUUAGAACUGCUGGUUCCCUACCUCCAGUCCAAUCUAACAGGUUUCCAGAAUCUUGAAAUCCUGAACUUCAGGAAUGGCAGCAUUGUGGUAAACAGCCGAAUGAAGUUUCAAAAACCUGUGCCUCGCAAUGUCACUAAUGCUGUCUAUAUAAUUCUGGAAGACUUCUGCAACACUGCCUACCAGACCAUGAACUUGGCCAUUGACAAGUACUCCCUGGAUGUGGAAUCAGGAGAUCAAGCCGAUCCUUGCAAGUUCCAGGCCUGCAAUGAGUUCUCUGAAUGCUUAGUAAAUCGCUGGAGUGGUGAGGCUGAGUGUGUGUGUUAUCCUGGCUAUCUAAGCAUUGAAGGAUUGCCUUGUAAUAGCAUAUGUGACCUACAACCAGAUUUUUGCCAAAAUGAUGGGAAGUGCGACAUAAUCCCAGGACAAGGGGCCAUAUGUAGAUGUCGUGUGGGUGAGAACUGGUGGUACAGAGGAGAGCACUGUGAAGAGUAUGUCUCAGAGCCAUUGGUUGUGGGUAUUGCAAUUGCUUCAGUGGCUGGCUUCCUUCUUGUGGCAUCUGCUGUAAUUUUCUUCCUGGCCAGGACCCUGCGAGACCAGUACUCCAAAAGUGAUUCUGAGGACUCAUUAGGGCAGGGGGAUAGCCUCUCCUCCAUUGAGAAUGCAGUGAAGUACAACCCAAUGUAUGAGAGUGAUACUACCGGAUACAGCCACUACUAUCGGAGAUACCCACAGCUCACCUCCUACAGCUCUACCAGUGCAGAGACGUCCACGGACUACAGCAGUGAAGAGAUCAGGCACAUUUAUGAGCAUAGUGAGCUCACAAAGGAGGAAAUCCAGGACAGAAUACGGAUUAUAGAGCUUUACGCCAAAGAUCGGCAAUUUGCAGAGUUUGUCAGACAACAUCAAAUGAAACUGCUUUAAAAAAAAAUCUGAAACCAGUUUUAUGGAAGAAGAGGAAGAUGACCUUGUUGCUCAAGUAAACAGGGCACAGACAUAACUGCAAUUACUUACAGUAUUUACACUAUAUGGAUCUUAAAACGUUGCUGGUUGGAUAUUUUCUAAAUGAAUGGUUAACUGUAGGAAUGUUUCUUACUAUCUUUGGCUUUUCUCAAUGCAGUUAUGAGAGUGACCAGAGGUCAUGAAAGUUCACUUACUUUUAAUAAGGGAAAAAGCAUUUCCUGCCCUGGACUUUGAAAGUUUGUGCAUGUAUUUUCUCAUUGCAUGAAGAUUUUUUUGCUCGGUAUACAAAGAAAUAAAAUACAGAUUUUUAAUGUUACUCUGGUAUUUCUCUCCCCUCCCCCCUCCCCACUGUUUAGAGGUUUCAAAAGUAAAGUAUUAGUGGAGGAGGGGAGAAUAUUUGGGUUCCUGGUGAGAGGUUUGUAGGACGAGACUGGCUCUGCUCAAGUGAUAGCAGCAUUAUUUUGAUAUGGCCCAAUAAUGAUCCCAGAGAAAAUGUUUUGUUAUCUAGAUAGAGAAGUUCGUUAUGUAUGGCUGGAUGACUUACCCCUUUUUGUUGCUUAUUGAUUAAAAUAAAUAAGCAGUCACAUACAGCAUAAUGUUCAGCUUGCAGCUCUCAUGGCAAAGCUCAUGUCUCUUUGCAAGGCAAUCCUUGAGGGAGAUGGUGCAGGGCUUAGGGGUUGCUAACACAAGAAAUAUUAGAAUGAGUGUGUGUUCUCCUGUACAACUGGUAAUCUGGGACAAACAAGGGCUAACCCCUACCCUCAAAUUUUUAUAGAACAGCAGCUAUUUUUAUCCUCUUAACAUUUUAAAUAUAGUUACUUUUUAUUUGUGCUUCUGUAGAAUAAUGAAUGUGUUAUUUACUGUACAGUUAUUGUAUUCCCUAUGUUUGGUUAUUUUCAUAAGGGCUUAAUUGUACUACUUAUUGUACUUAAUUUCACACCAUUGUUUAUUCCUUCAGCACUGAUUUUCUCUUCUUAGCAUUGUAUGCCCCCAUCAGAUAAAAUCCAGCUGACAUAUUAGAAUACUAUCACUUGAAUAAUGUACUAGUCAACCACAAGCUCUAUUUCCAAAUCAGGCCCCCUUUACCUCCCUAUUUGAGUAAGAUAGUAUACCAUUUACCUGUCCUCAUUUUGCUUACCCAGUUUCUGAUCUCUGCAAUCUCUAAUGGGGAAAAAGGGAACCCCACUUCUGGCUUAGUGGAAACCAAAUGUUAAGAUUUUUACCUACUUUCCAGAUUUAAUUACUUAGAAAUAAAAAAAUUGUUAAUAAGAACAAGUAUGUGAAAAGAUGUGCUUCCGAUGCAGAUUUGGACCUGUAUUUUGAACUGUCAAAGCUUGUGCAGGUUUGGCAUGGUCUAUUCAAAUCAAGGGAGCCAGCAUGAAAUUUGUAUCUAGAUCUGUAAGGCUCUGAGUUGGAGGCAUGUCUAAACUAUGGGGUCUAGGGGAACGUGUCUGCUCUUCUGCAAAAAAAAAAAAGUG